AUGGCCUCCAAGGUCUUGCAGAAUAACACCCACAGCAACUGGAUGAAGGAUCCAGGAUUGCGGAGACUAAAUCUGGGGAUUGGGUUUAUGCUGUCUGCCUCGGCUACAGCCGGAUACUGUGCUAGCAUGAUCAAUGGUCUGCUGGUGCUUCCCGAAUUCUCGAAUUUCUUGGAUGAUCUCGACACCAAUGCGAAAGGUCUUAUCAUCGCAGCUGUCUCACUGGGUUCUUUUAGCGCAUUCAUCCCCGGAUCUUACAUCGCCGAUAAUCUGGGUCGGAAGAUCUGCGUUCUCAUCGGCGCCACGUUAGUGAUCAUCGCCUCGAUCAUCCAAAUCGCCACGACGAACCAUUGGGUUUUCUUCGGUGCGCGCAUUCUUGCUGGAAUGGGAGUCGGAGUCUCGCAAACUGCUGCGCCAUUGCUCAUUACUGAAUCGACACAUCCCCGCCAGCGACAGGCCUUCACAGGUCUUUACAAUGCGCUUUGGUUCAUCGGAUCGAUUACAUCGGCUAUGAUCGGCUUUGCAGGACUCGCACUUGUGGGGAACUGGUCAUGGAAGCUCCCCUGUCUAACGCAAGUGUUUUAUCCGAUCCUCCAAUUGAUUGGGCUCUGCUUUGUUCCUGAGAGUCCGAGAUGGUUGGUCUCCCGGGGCCGGAAAGAGGAGGGAAUGGCUAUUCUGGCGAAAUAUCACUCAAAUGGAGAUGAGAACGAUGAGCUCGUCCAGGAUGAAUUCUACCAGAUUUGCAAGAGCAUCGAUGCGGAAUCCGAUCCCAGCUGCCGACGCUGGAGCUCGUUCUUUGCGAAUCGCGCCAACAUGCAUCGUGUUUCGAUUUGCGUGAUUCUCGGCUUCAUGCAAGAGUGGUCUGGAAAUGGCGUGGUCUCUUACUAUCUAGCACCGAUCCUGGAAUCAGUCGGUAUAUACAACGCAUCUCACCAGGCCGCUAUCAAUAUCAGCUUGCAGUUCUGGAACCUGGCAUUCGCAGUCGGCGGAGCAAUGGCCGCAGACCGGUACGGCCGACGCAAACUCUGGCUAAUCGCGACGGGCUUGAUGAUGGUCUAUCUAUCCGCCGCGACGGCCAUGUCAGGCCUCUUCCAAGAGCUUCAUGUGCUGCAAGCUGGCAUUGCGGUGGUUCCUAUGCUUUUCCUCUUCUGCAGCGCUUACGAUAUGGCCUAUAUGCCAUUGUUUAUUGCAUACCCAGCUGAAAUCCUUCCCUUCCAACUCCGCGCCAAGGGUCUUGCCAUCACACUGACAACCGAUUCGAUGGCUUGCUUUUUCAACCAGUACAUCAACCCGGUGGCAUUUGCGGCGAUCCAAUGGAGAUACUUCAUUGUCUACCUGGGUUGUCUUGUGAUUUUCAUGGUAACGAUCUGGUUCCUCUUCCCGGAGACUAAAGGGCUGUCUCUGGAGGAGGUUGCUCUUAUCUUCGAAAAGAAGAAGGAGUACCAAGUGGAGACGCCUUCCUCGGAAGUUUCGCAGGAGAUUAUCGCUUUCCCAGAAAAGGGGAGCUCAUCACCGCGACUGUAA